UGUGGCACUCUGCCACACUGCAAAAACUGUUCAGGAAUGGUUUAAGGAACAUGACAAAGAGUUCAAGGCAUUGACUCGGCCUCCAAAUUCCCCAGAUCUCAAUCCGAUCAAGCAUCUCUGGGAUGUGCUGGACAAACAAGUCCGAUCCAUGGAGGCCCCACCUCACAACUGACAAAAUCUCUAAGAAUUAAUCAUUAAGGUGCUACAUUAUAUUAGAAUAUUGUUUGAAUAUUGCUGUUUAUGUAGUUUAUUUUUGUCUUAAUAGAAGCGUUAACCUUGUUUCUUGAUGAGUAAAUGAUCUGCAGCUUUUCAUAAGUGACAGAAAAAAAAAUAUUCUGCUAAUGUGUGGAUGUUUUAGAUGGACUCCAGAUGGAAAACCACAUCUUUGUGAUGUAGUUUAAACGAUGUGAUGUAAACGAGCAAGCAACAUUAAGAACGAAGAGAGAAACUGCACGAGUCAGCGGAAUUGCCUGCUGUUGUUUUUAUUUGGCCAGCUUAUUAUUAUUUCCAUGUUUAACAUCAGGUUCGUUAUUUUCCUGUGAAUUUGAAAUGGCCAUAUAAAUAUUUUCGUGGCUAUUUUCAAGUUACUAUAGUUCCAUGCUACAAUUUAAAACCAGCACAUUAUGUGAACAUGUACCAGUUAUUAGUUUAUCUUUAAAUUGAUAUAAUUAUCUGUUCCCGACUAGGUGGUCACUUUCCAUUGAUUUCAUUUCUAAGUAUUUUGAUUAGGUUUUUGUUCCUCAUAUUGGAGAUGCGUGUGUGUGUUGUGGUGGAAAUUCACCUGCGAAAUGAGAAAUCACUACCUAUACUUGGAUGUGUUCAAGUAAAUAUUGUAUUCCAUCAGCAGUUGCUCACAAUCCCGGGUAGCCACUCUUACCAUACCAACCGUACCUUACCUCAGAGUGCUGUGAGGGUUGAGAGGAUUGGAGUACAUUCAUGAGUUAUUCAUUUCAUUGUUAUUUUGAUUCAUUUAGUAAAGAACAAAGAAAUCAACAUCCUAUUGUAUGGCAGAGUGCACUGAUAAUAUGAUAAUCAUAUUUUAAAAUAACUACCACCUCCAAUCUUCCUCCCCAUUGUCUUCUUCCCAUCACGUAUCCCCAUCGUAUCACAUCCAUUGUAGUUCUCUUUUUUCAGAUGUCCUUUAUGACUGCUUGCCCUUCCAUUGAUAUCUGAGGUCCACUCGCUUCAACCCUAAAUAGAGUUUGCUGCUCAUAGUUGAGUUGUACAGACUCACCAAUUAACCGAUCAUUCUAAAAUAUAUCACCAAUUUGAUCAAACUUUCAUUUGAAGGCCCUGGAAACCACUUGUAAGUGGUAUCAGGACCAGUGUGUAUGAACAGACUGGGGCAAUGCAAAAACUCGGGUAAUUCCUAUCCCUCUGUGUUUACCAGUCCCUGUAUUCCCGGGUAUAUAAUACAGUCUGUGACAUUCCAUGCGUAAAAACUAAGUGAAAAUAAACUCAUUUCAGAAUUAUGUACGCCUAUGCCAUCUGCCUGGCAUGACAUUUGAAUAUUAAACUUUGUUAACAAAUCUCUACCCAUAAUAUUAACAGCAUUUGGAAACUAGUAGCUUAUGACCAAUCAAUUUGAAUCCUAAUUUAAUGGUUAGGGGUUGACUAAAUGGUUCAACCACGGGGAGUCCCAACAGGAAUAAUAGAAUAUGGACUCAGUGUUACAUCGGGGAGGGCAGUUUUACACAGUUCUGUGCAUGUAGCUCCUGUAUCUACCAAAAAGGGAAUUAGUUUACCUUUAACAGUUAACUCAGUAAAUGGGUCUGUUUUAGAGUCAAUAGUCUAAUUAGGAACUUGAUUUUCCGGUUACUCUAACAACUGUGGACAAUCUCUCAUAAAAUGGGCUAGCUGGCCACAAUGAUAGCAAGCACCAUAGGUGCUCCUUCCUUGAGUUUGAUCUUGUGCUCUACGACAGUUUCAGUCUCAACCACAUCCCCCUUGAUAGCUACCAGCUCCUCUCCCUAACUGCUGAUUGCCUUGAUAGAAUUGAAGUUGUGCCAUUUGAAGAGAGUUCAGGGACUCACUUUCUUUGUCCCUCAGGGAUCUUUCAACUACUACAGUAUAGCAUGAUCCAUCAGCUCAGUAUAGUCUUUAUUCUGCCAGCUAAUGCAGGUGUUCUUAGCCAUCUCAGUGAUUUUCUUCUCCAGUCCUUGAGCCAGAACUUGUCUGACAUAUUGUGCCUUAUCUUCUGCAUUCCCUAGUCCAGUGGAGUUAUUCACAGCCUUAAACACUCAUUCAACAUAAUCCAUGACUUACUCCUAAAGUUUCUGUCUGCAGUCACUGACUUUGUCUCUGUCUCUGUUUAUCGGGAAGGUGUAUUUGGUUCGUCUCAAGGGGCUGGUCCCAAUUUGUGGGACAAUGUUCAGGGUGUCGAUUUGCAUUGGGCUCUCAUGGAUGAUCAUCACUUUGUUGCAGUUGCUCCCAUUUGAGCCCAAAGACUCUAGCCAUGACUUUAGUUCACUCCUGGUUGGUCAGUUUGAACAUAUCAUCAAGAGCUUCCAAACCUUUGAUGCACUGAUCCACGUUCAAUUUGGGACUCAUGAUGUCUUUGACCAUCGGGUCCAAUUUAGACAACUCAAGAGGCCGAUAGACUCUAUAGUCUCUAGCAUCUUGUCUAGCCCUCAGGUUCAGGAAUUGGAUCAAAGGCAUUUGGCUCAUCUCUGGUUGUUGUCUCUCACCAGUCUCAGGAGUCAAAGGUCGAAAUGACCCACCGGACCUGGUAUAACUUUUCAUGUCAGUCCCAGACACAUUUCUCUUACACCUUUUGUUGCUUUUGCUGAAUCACUGUAGGACCCCAUGGAGGCUUACUCUCAUGCGCUGAGGUGGUGAUAUUGCCUUCAUCCAGUCCUCCUACAGCACCCUGCGGUUCUGAGCAGAUGGUUGAUGGACACGGGCCAGCUCGUGUUAGCCUUCUGAAGUUAGGGCUGGAUGGGAAGGUCCAGGCGUUUGCAAAUACGAAAACAAACUCACCAAAGCAUCAAAAAAAUGCUUGUCUUUUCAUUCCACCUAUUACUUCUUUCCUCACCAAUGUCCUGCCUGCAUUUUGCUUUCUUCUUCCAAUUUUUUGGAAUGACCUGUCCCCAGUUAACUCCACCCAUAGAAUUCUUCUCUUCUAAAACUUUGCUCCAAUCCUCUAGUCUAGUCACACUUAGGGUGCCAUUCUCUGGAAAUUUCCCUUUAAUUAAUUUAUACCACAAUUAAAUUGACUAUGAUCUAUACCACCCUAAAAUUUCUCUAUUUCUCUAAUGGGACCAAAAGAUCUCUUGCUACUAGAAGAUCCCAUUUUAAAUCAGAACUCCUAACUAAUAGAUAAAAAAGAUAAAGAGUUAAAGAAGUUGUCUUUUUUUAAAAAAGGAGUCUGAAGUUUGAAGAUGUUUGGCGGGAUGUGUGCAUGCCCACAGGAGCACAUGGAAAAUAACUUGAACGAGAUGAUGCAAUUCGAGAGAAAGGGAAGUGAUGAGGGUGUAUAUCAAGCCCUCUCCACUACCAGUGCCCUUUGCUGUCUAUUUGUUGUCUCUUUACUGUGGACCAUGAAGCAGAAUGAACACGUCUAUGGCAACAUUACUCCAACGUCUAUGAGAGAUGAGGGUCCAGGAAGUGAAAGAAGAUGUGGUUAUUCUCUUGUGAUCUCACUCUCUGUUCUCUUCCUUUCUCUGAUGGCCAAUGCUCUUCAGACCUAUUUUUAUAUUAAACUCAGCUGGGCCUCAGACACUUUGUCUGAGCAGGCCAGGAAUUACUCAGCUGGAGAUCGUAAAAUCAAGCAUGUAACAGCCUCACUUGAGCAGGUCAGAAGGUGCUCACUUGGGGAGCGUCAAAUACAGUACAAAGACAGGCUCUACGUUUUUCCUACAGAUGAAAUGAGCUGGAUUUCCAGUAGAGAGAAUUGUCAGGAAUUAGGAGGAGACCUGGUGAUCAUCAACAGUGAAGAAGAACAUAAGUUCCUUGUUGGUGCAAUGAACACAAUUAGCAAUUCGCUGCACUGGAUUGGUCUGAGAAAUGCUGAAAAGCAUCACUGGUGGCUAUGGGUAGAUAAAACACCUCUUAUGCAAAAUCUCUCGUGGUGGAGGAACACUGUAGAGGACAGCACAUCAGAGAGAGAAGAGUGUGUGGGUUAUUACGAUGGGCAAUGGGUGGAUCUGUCCUGUUCAACAUCAGAAAGGAGGAUCUGUGAGAUCAUUUGCAUUCACUGAACUCCCUACGACUCCUGAUACAAAGUUCACAAAAACCUUUGUUUUUCACUGUCCUUUUUUAACCAGGCAUGAUGUUAUUUGAACUGUCAUGAAAUGUAUAUAUUUACCUGAAUUUGUGUGUAUAUGUGUGUAUAUAUAUAUAUAUAUAU